AUGGGGAAGGAGCAGGAGCUGCUGGAGGCCUCCCGUAUCGGGAACCGGGCAGCUGUGGAAAGAUUGCUUGGGGGGAAGCGGCUAAGUGGCGCAGGGCCAGGAGGGAAUACCGGGGGAGGAGUGGGGGGCACAGGGGGAGCUACGACCAGUCACCCCCUCAGCAGCCUGCUCAGCAUUUGGCGUGGCCCCAACGUGAACUGUGUUGACAACUCAGGAUAUACACCUUUGCACCAUGCCUCACUUAAUGGACACAAGGAUGUGGUUGAAAUUCUCUUGAGGAAUGAAGCUGUGACAAACAUUGCAGACUGUAAGGGUUGCUUCCCCCUACACCUUGCAGCUUGGAAGGGAGAUGCUCACAUUGUUCGUCUACUUAUUCACCAUGGACCAUCACAUGCUAAGGUUAACGAGCAGAAUUUACCAGAGGUGAAAAAGUACGGCCCCUUCCAUCCUUAUGUGAAUGCUAAGAACAAUGACAAUGAAACUGCCCUGCAUUGUGCGGCACAGUAUGGGCAUACAGAAGUUGUGCGUGUUCUACUUGAGGAGCUGACUGAUCCUACCAUGCGUAACCAAAAGAUGGAGACCCCUUUAGAUUUGGCUGCACUCUAUGGGCGUUUGGAAGUGGUGAAACUCCUGCUCAAUGCACAUCCCAAUCUGUUGAGCUGCCAUACACGCAAACAUACGCCAUUACAUCUUGCCGCACGUAAUGGCCACAGAGCUGUUGUCAGGGUGUUGUUGGAUGCUGCCAUGGAUAUCAAUUAUCAGACAGAGAAAGGCAGUGCAUUGCACGAAGCUGCAUUGUAUGGGAAGACAGAUGUUGUACAGAUGCUACUGGAUGCAGGAAUAGAUGUCAGCAUCACUGAUAACAAAGGAAUGACUGCACUGGACAUUGUACAGGAGGUGCCUUCACAGAAGAGUCAUCAGAUAGUUGCCCUUAUCCAGGAGCACAGCUCAGCCAGAACAGCAGCCAAAGAAAUAGAGCAGAACCCUCAACCUCUUCCCACCUCAACCAUGAAUACUGAAGCACAAGGAGGGACUAUGCAGAGAGCACUUAUUGACUUGCAUUUGGAUCUGGACACAAUUUCACAGUCGGAAUCUCCUUAUGAAGCUCUUUAUAAUGCAUCAUCCUGUCACUCCCUCGACAGCAUUUGCAGUGGGCGCUCUUCUGAUUCUCUGAGCCGUGAAACCACAAGGAUGCAACAGAAGGAGCGUCCUCCUCCACCUGCAAAACCCCCACCUGAAGACGAAGAGGAAUUGGAAAGGAGGAGGAGUGUGGGCACUGCCAGAGAGGCCUUAGGUAACGUUCAUGUUGGAAUGGAGGAAAACCCAUAUGAGUUAUUGGUAACUGCAGAGACCAAAAGACCCGGCUGCCGAGGCGAACAGCUUCAAGGGACUGCUGGAAACUCUCAGCCUAAAGGAAGGCCACGUCUCCCUGGGCCCUCUCAUGAGUCAUCCCGUCCACCAAAUCGCCGUGGCUCCUCUGAUCUUUCCAGUGGACACUCUGAAGGGGAUUCCCAUGGUUCAGAAUGGCCUAAUAGUGGGCAGCGAAGAAGCAGUUCAGGAGGUUGGAGUUUAGCCUCAGCAGAUAGCACAGACUCCCACAUGCUUCAACAUUUUUCUGGGCUAUUGCAUGGUUCUUCCCCGGUGUGUGAAGUUAGAGAUCCACCCUUACCUGGUGACCCUGCAGGAAUGGAGAGCUGUAGAAAUGGUGCCACAUCACGUAUGGAGAUGUCUCUUCGAAGGAGUUUGUCCAAAUCAGAUUCAGACCUUUUGACCUGCUCCCCUCCAGCUGGAAGUGAGGGAGAGGACUGGAGUCGCAGUGAGUCACUUACUAACUGUGCAACUGGUGGAGGAAAAAAGAGGCUGGAGAAAUCUCCCUCAUUCACUUCUGAGUGGGAUGAGUGUCUCCCCUUGGUCCCUGCAUUACCCCAAAAACGCAAAAUUGAUAAAAUAAUGAGUUCUAUUGGCCAGGGCAUUGAGUUCUCCCAGGAGCAGCAGGUCAUGGCAGGGUCCCAUAUCCCAGAGCUGAGUGUGGCUCAGUGGUUAGAGUCCUUAGGCCUCUUGCAGUAUGAGAGCAAACUGGUAUUAAAUGGAUUUGAUGAUGUUCAUUUUCUGACCGAUACAAUGUUGGAGGAUCAGGACCUAAUUGAUAUUGGGAUCAUAGAUGUACAGCAUCGCAGCAGAAUUCUUCAGGCUGCUCGUUUACUGCCUAAGCCACUUCCCCUCUCAAGUGAUCUCUCUGUGUCCUCCUGGCUACGUGCACUCUCACUCCAGCAAUAUGCUUCCAGCUUUCUCAGCAGUGGGUACACCUCCGUGGAGACUCUUCGGAAUUUGUGGGAACUUGAGAUUGUAAAUGUUUUGAAGGUAAACUUGCUUGGCCACAGGAAACGGAUUCUGAUGUCUUUAGCAGAAAGACCAUGUGAAGACCCUCCUCAGAAACCACCCCGUUUUUCACAGCUCAGGUGUCAUGAUGCCUUACCCCGUGCUCCACCCUCUUCAUCAUUUGAGCAGUUUCCUAGUUUGGAGCCUGGAAGAAAUUGGAUCCAAGGAUCUGAGAGCAAAGGGGAACGCCAGAGAAUUCUGGCACCUGGUGUAGAGGAAGAAUCCAGACUAACCCUACGACCCCCUAGUGCUUCCACUCCAUAUGCCCCUUUGCAGAACUGGCAGCAUCAGCCUGAAAAGCUAAUCUUUGAGUCUUGUGGUUACGAGUCAAGUUAUCUGGGUUCGAUGCAAAUUAAAGAUCUUCGGGGCACGGAAUCCACUCAAGAUGCAUGUGCCAAGAUGAGGAAAUCCACUCAACAUAUGAAAAAGACCCCACGGAUUACCCUUUCCAUCAGCUACAAGGGAGUGAAGUUUAUAGAUGCAUCAAAUCAGAAUGUUAUUGCAGAGCAUGAGAUUCGCAAUAUUUCCUGUGCAGCUCAAGAUCCGGAUGAUCUAUGUACAUUUGCUUACAUCACCAAGGAUUUGCAGACCAGCCAUCACUACUGCCAUGUGUUCAGCACUGCCGAUGUGAAUCAGGCCUAUGAAAUUAUUCUAACUUUAGGCCAGGCUUUUGAAGUUGCCUAUCAACUGGCCAUUCAAGGUCAGAAAUCCCGGCAUCCUGAAGCUUUAGUUUCUCGUCCAGCCAAACCUGUCCCAAAACCACGUGGUAGCAUACGGAGACAGACUAUGGACUCAUUGGACGGUGAACAACAUGUGACCUCUCACGGGGGAGUGUCGUGGUCUGGGGAUCCUAAGCAGUAGUUGAAACGAAGGCAAUGAGAAGCAAUUAUGGAUCCUGUUUUUAAAAACCAACAGACCUCCACUGAUCUUUACAUUUCCCUCAUAUCUCACUAUGCUGAGCAAGAGAGGACAAAAGGACAAACACCAAGCUGCUGCAGAUAAAGGGAGCACAGUUGCCUCCUCCUUCAUCGUUUCCAAACUCACUCAUAAUUUAUGGGAGAAGACUGGCAGUUAUAAUUUCACUUUCUUUUUUGCCUCCGUUUCAUAUGUUUUUUUUGGAAUUCAACUUUAUAAGUUAGGUAUAUAUGGGCAAAAUGAAGAUGUGGAGUUAUUCUUUCUUCCAUAUAACUUUCAUUCAUGACAUUGAGUUUUACGCUUUUAUGUGCAACUGUUCUCCAUAUCCUUUUUUAUUUUUUUUUUCCCCCAACUGCACACACCCUUUCUAACAUAUUUAAUGUAGCACUUUUUGGGGGUGAUGUUUGCAGUUUGGAACAACAAGGAUUUAUGUCUCCUUGAGUGGUUGAGCUUAUUUAACUCACUGCAAGGAAUAUUUGUUAUGUGAGUGUUUUGUCCCUUUAAUUUGUGUCAGAAAGUGAAGGUUGCCUUAUGAAUUCCACAGCUCAACUGGUAAAGUCCCUUUGAAACUACACCCCUGUUCAUAGUAUAGGGCUAGUUAGGGAUUUGCAAGACCGAAAAGGCCCUUUUGAAGACUCCAUAUGUUCUCUUAACUUAACAGGGCUUUCCCCCAUCAUGUGUCUGAAAUAUAUUCUGCCAAACUAUUAAAAAGUUAGCCAGAACAUGGUACUGGAAGGUAUGGAAAAGCAAUUCCAGUUGCUGUUUUACCUUUGUGUUCUUGCUGCAAGAACUUUGGGCCUAAAUGGUGGUAAAAUUCCAAAGCAGGUCUGACUUGAGAGAUUUCCACAAAUGUCUCUAUAAGCUAUUAUUAAAAGUUAAACAUUUUUGUAAUUGGAACCACAUUGGGGGUAUUUAUACAUGAACAUUUUAAAGAGUAAUAACGCAGAAGUUGGGGCAGAUUACCAGAUAAAGUGAGGUUUAACAUUUUUGUAUUUUAUGCUUAAUGAAUUUGAAAGCAUGCAUAAGGCCCGUAGAAGCAAAAUAUACAUGUUAUUUAAUUCCUUUUUUAUGUAUGUGAAACUGAGCCUAUAAUGUGUGUAGGUCUAUUUUAUUCUACAUGGGACUUGUCAUUUUUGACUUUCUGCAUUUUUAGCUCAGUCAUAUAUUGGGGAAGAUGCUUUUAAAAUCCUUUGAUAUAUUUGCAUUUACUAUAUCAAGUAUUCUGCUUCAUCACAGGCAGACAGUGCCCGCGUCAAGUCAUCCGGACACUAUGCAGUCAUUUAUUUUUAAAGCCUAGCUUUUUGCAUUUUUUUUUUUUAUUUGAACAACAGAUUGGGGAAGGAAAAUUGGGACAUUCUUGUUACAAUCAGUUUGUAAAUUUGCCCAUUGCUCAUUCUUUUUCUAUGCUCAUUAGGCUGCGUGCAGGGAACCCAAUGCCUACUUCAACUGCACAUGAACAAAAAUCUCAGCUCUUCCAGCCAUGACGGCUUGCUCUCUAACUUUUGAAGUCAACUUCUGGAAGAUUUUGUGGCCCUGCCCAUAUGGACUCUUGCACACCUAGCAUUGCUGCUGUGCCACUUGAACAUCACACUAACAUUUUUAGUCAGUACUAGUUUAAAGCUGCUAUAUAUAAUCCAGUAUUUAUCUUCUAGUGAAUGAAUUUUUGAUUUAAAUCUGCUAUAAGGGUACGCAUUUAAUUACGGUACAUUUGACCCUCCCUGUCAAAUAGGGAUUGGUGGUACAGAAAUCUCACAGAUGUUAAAUUGAUGGGGUGCUCCUCAAUAUUAUACCUGUGUUCUCAUAUAAAAUAGUCAAAACCAUCCUCUUUGAAAAUAAUUUGAUAUUCUUGAAUAAUAGUGUUAAUUAUAUCAGCACACUGAUAACGAAAGCCCCAAUGAUGGGCUUCUGUGGCUAUUGAAGGUAAACACUGGUGUAUAAUGUUGAUUUGUUUAUUUACAACAUUUAAUCCAGGGCAAACUGGCCAAAAGUUAGAUCUCUAGCAUUUGAACUGCAACUCCCACUACUUUUGCCAUUUUUAUUGCUUACAAACCAUGUAGGAAGUUGUAGCUCUACAACAAUUGAUGAUUUGUUAGAGAAGAAUAUUAUGUGCUGUUGGAAAACAGAUCUGCACCCUCUGUCUGUACUCAAAAGAGUGUCCCUUGCAUUUACCCACCUUUGCUCCAAAAGGUCCAGAAUAGGAUAUGAAAAUAGGUACAUAGAUGCCACCAUGCACUGUAUAAUUCUGAGUACCUUUACAGUUACCAGAAGAGGGGCUUCAUUAAAAUCCUGGCCAUGAUUAUUCUUGCUUAUUUUUAUUAUUCUAUGUUUUUUUUUUUUUUGGUUUGUUUUUAUAACCCGCUUCUUUGAAAUUGUUAUACAGCACUAUGGUACAAUCAUCAUUUUCAAGGAGCUUAUUACCAAAUUACCUCCUUAAGAUGAUUAGUGGAUACAUUGCUCAUUUUAAAAGUCUCAAUGAAGAACUGCCCAUUAAUACUAAAUGUCAAAUGUUUGAGUCUCCAUAACCAGCUAAAUAUGUCUGGUCGUCUUACUUUACAAAACCUAAAAAUGAAAAUACACUUUUUUAAAUAUUAUUUUGUGUGAUUGGUUUGUGUAAAUGUCAAGUUAUGUAUGUAUUUUUUUGUGGGAGAACGUUAAAUUUUCUUCAGUUUCAAAUUCACAAGCUCUGUCUUCUUUGGCAAAAGUUAUCAGGCCCUGUUUUCAGGUAAGCAUGUUAUAUAUUCCAACAAAUUGGCACACCUGACAUCCAACUUAAAGAGAUGGACUGUUCAUUGAGCUUUAAGUGUUUGAUAUUAAUUGGUUUGUAUUAGUCUCUAUAUACAUACACAGAUUAGGCAGUAUUUCUGUUACAUACCCUGUUUAUUUAAAUUACAGAUGUAUCCUAAUAUAAGGAUAUAAUCACCUCCCCCCACAACAGUAAGCUUUUAUUUAAGAGAUGAGGGCACUUGUAAAAUGUGCAGUUUCCAUCACUCUUUUAAACCAAACUAUCUGUUUGUUUUUUUAAAUUGCCACUGAAUAAGGUGAGGGUAACGACAGUAACUGAUAACAAAAGGGUUGUAAUAUUGACUAUUUGUUGUAUAAAGGUAUAUUUACUGAAGGCCUAAAUACAUUUUUUUUCAUUCAAAUUUAUUUAUAUAAUAUUUUGUAAUACAGACGGUUAACUGCCUCUGAAACACCAGUUUGGCAGAAUGAUUUUUUUUUUUUUUUUUUUUUUAAAUAUAUUUUUUUGCCACUGUGUAGGUUGUGUGAAGCUAGCUGAACUGGAAAAAGGUUGCAAAAAGCAUUAUUAAAAAAGCAAAGUAGGAGGUGUGGGCCAAAGAAAUUGAAAGCUAGAAGAGUGAAAAUCAGUUUAAUGGACAUAUUUAGAAAAAGAAAAAAAAAUGAUAUAUAUAGAUUUUUUAAAUUUGAUAUCAGUGUGUGAUGCUGCCUCCAUGCUGAUCAAAGCUGUAGAAAAUGUAAAACACAACACUAAUUUCCAAUGAUAGCAUUUUUUUUUUAAUCAGUUAUUUUGAAUCACACAAUUAUAUCUUCUUAAAAUCGCUACAUCUUUUCAGCAUUUCAAUGAAAAAAAAAAAAAAAGGCAACUAAGUAUCCCUGGUACACAACUCACAAUUUCAAGUUCUACUGGCCUGAUCUAAACUCUAUAUCACACAUGCUUACAAGAGAAUUAUGUUUUUGAUUAAUGUGUUGUCUGCAGUAUGGCAUAUCUACUUGUAUGGAGGUUCCCAAUUUGGGAAUUCAGCACUUUAUUUUUUUUUGUUGUUGACGGAAUGUAAAAAUGCAUCUGUAAAAACGUGUAGAGCAACAUUCUAUGCUCUGACCGCCCAGAUUUUGCAGAACUAAACCUUCUAUGAUGUUAAUGGUAAAUGAUCAUCUGUUGCAUUCAAAGAAUACUGGGGGUUGUAGUCCAUCUAUAUCCGAGGGGCCAGAGUUGGUGUAGUUUCACUGUUGUAUGAGUUUAGAGAGAGAGAGAGUGUGUGUGUGCGUGCAUGUGUGUGAAUUGGACAUAUAUAUUUUUUGUGAUGACCGCAUGUGUGUAAAAGCUUCAGUUUUUCGUAGAUUUAUGUCCACACCCAUAUCACUUAUACUAACUCCUCUCUUUACAUGUCCCCCUACUACACAUAGUAAAUUACCUAGGGUGGGAAGUGAUGUUUUACAUUUGCUUUCUUUCAUUUUCUUUUCCUUUUUUUUUUUCUUUUUUCUUUAGUGUUUUGUUAUGUAGUCCACUUUUCUUUCUUACAUUUACUAUUGACCUUACUACUGGUAUCUAGUGGUGAAUGCAGUUACACGUGACUUUCUACGGCUAGUGCAAACCAGCACAGGAAGCCAGGAGGUGACUUUGUGUAACUGCAGUUAGAACUUAUGCAUCGUACCAGGAAUUUCCUCUGCAAUGGUGACGUGUGUGUGUCAUUUAUUCAUUAAUGUUUUAGUAAGAUGAAAUUGUGCCAGUGUCCUAGUCUGGUUUAUGUAAUUUACUCCUGAAAUUAUAUGCAAUUGAAUACUAACUGAAUUUCCACUCUGUUUCCUGCCAAAAUCUAAAAUGUGGGAAUGCGGUUCAUGCUCUUUUUGUAAUGUUGUGAGAACACACUUUAAGAGCUGUUGUGUAUGUGAUAGGUUUUUAUUCUAUUUUUGAUAUGUGGAUGUUGCACAGCAAUUUAAGAAAUUACUUAAUAAUUGGAGUAUUUCCACAAUAUCAUGUCACUGUGAUCUUUCUUUUUUUUCUUUUUAAUAUUGAUGCUAAUUUUGAUGCUGCACUGAUGCACCCAAAAGGGUAUAAAACCUGUACACUACUAGCUUUCAUUUAUUUACUUCUUCACCGGUGCAAACUGUUGCUAUAUUAACAAGUGGAAUGAUAUUCGGAAAUAUAACGACUGAUCAUGCUUUUUCAUGCUCAUUUGCAUAUUUUGUAUUGUAAUCUGGGAGUACAUUUGAGGAAACAAAAAACACAUCAAGCAACUGUGUUUGAGGGUCACAUUUUGCCCCACAUACAGCAGCCUUAUUUUUUUUCUUCAUAUCUAGAUGGUGCACACCAUUAUACUUUAGAAUUUGAGUUAGCAUGUUUAUGUAGUAUGCUGUUCUCCCACACUUAUACCUGUGGAAAAUGUCCAUUUAUUGUCAAGUUCUCACCAUCUUUGUUUUACUUUCCUCUGCAUUUUGUGCAGAGAGAUUAGUAAUGGGGACAUUUGCCUUGUGCCUUCUGUUCACUUUUAUUAUAUGCAUAUUAGAACUAUGUAAUUAAUUUCAACUACUUGGCUUACAUUAAUAGUUAAAAUACAGCUGGUACUAUGUGCGCAAGAUGUCUUUACCCUUAAUAUUUGUACAAUAUACAUGUUUUGGCCAGUAUGUAUAAACCCAUGUGAUCAAAUUAAUGUUAUUCAUUUGUGUUUUUCAAGGAAUCCUUCUUGGUUAGUCCAUUGAAUGGUACAAAAUGCAUUGUGUAUCAGGUCUUUAUUCUAUAUUCUAGAGAAUAUAUUGUCAAUAUACUUUGAGUGUCUUGAAUUGUAGUGACCAUAACUUCCAGAUUACUGUAACAGUGGGAUUUUGUUAGGGGAGCACCCCUCGCCCAGCUUGCACGUCAGACUUCCCAGGAGCAGCCACUUACUUGGAAUGAUCCCAAUAUUUAACCUUUCUAAUAAGAAACUUGAGCAGUUUGUGUGAUGAUGGAUGAUCAAAGUUUGAAUUUGUUUUUCCUUUUUUAUUUUGUCUUUAUAUUGAACAAACUUUGGUGGCCUCUAGCAAGGUUUAUGCAUCUUGCUGCUGGAAGAGCCACUGUAAAUAAUGCCAGCCUUACCCAAGGCCUUUUGGUAUUUUCUUAAAUGUACGACCUUAGAAAAAUUAAUAAAUGAGAUGAUUUAGGACCAAAA